UAUGUUAUUGAUAUGUUUGAGAAAUCUCGUCCAAUGUCAACGUAUAACUUGGGAUUUAUGAUAACGCAAGAAAAUAAAUUUAUCAAAUGUAAACGAGAACUAAAUGAUAAAAUGCCAAGUAUAUAUUUAAGGACUUAUAGAGAUGUACCAGAUAUGAAACAGAUCUGCGAAAACAUAUGCAAGAUUUAUAAAAGUAUCGCAUUAUAUUUCAACAUUUCGCUACCGGUGGAAAAUUUGUAUAUUAUAACUUUACCCGAAGUGUCAACAGUACGGCCGCUAAGCAGUUGGGGAAUAUUAAUUUUAAGCGAGAAUGACCUGAUGCAAAUUGGGAAUUUUACCUUGAUUCAGGAGUUAGUUUACCAAUGGGUUGGAGUUUGGAAAACACCUUAUUGGUGGAGCGCAAUACAAAUUAACAAAGCCAUUGUAAACUUUGUUGCAGUUGAUAUCGCAUUAGAG